GCGGCGGUGGCGCAAUGGCGGAGGUUCAGUGCCGGAUCCAGUACCUGGAGGACUCGGACCCCUUCGGCUGCGGCAGCUUCCCGGAGCCACGGCGAGCCCCAGUUUAUGCCGUGGUGGAGGCGCUGCCCCUUGGGGCGCAGCUGCCCGCGCUGCACCGCCUGGUCGGGGCUCCCCUGCCGCUGGAGGACUGCACGCUGCAGAUCUCACCCUCUGGGCACUAUCUGGACCUUGACUUAUCCCUGCUGGAACAGAAGGAUGAUCUGGAAAGUUUCUACGAGGAGGUCAGGAAGGGGAGACGGCCAACCCUGAUCCUGCGCACACAGCUCUCUGUCCGAGUCCAUGCCAUCAUUGAGAAGCUGUACAACUCGCAGGGGCCGGAGCUGCGUCGAUCUCUCUUCUCCCUCAAGCAACUUUUUCAGGAGGACAAGGACCUGGUGCCGGAGUUUGUGAACCUGGAUGGGCUGACAUGCCUGAUCAAAGUGGGGGCAGAGGCUGACCAGAACUACCAGAAUUACAUCCUCCGGGCCCUGAGCCAGAUUAUGCUCUUUGUGGAUGGGAUGCAGGGUGUAAUCAACCACAACGAGACUGUCCAGUGGCUCUACGCUCUGUCAGGAAGCCCAUAUCGCCUGGUGGUGAAGAUGGCACUGAAGCUCCUGCUGGUGUUUGUGGAGUACAUGGAGUCCAACGCCCUGCUGGUCAUCCACGCUGUCAAUGCCGUGGACCAGGCAAGAGGAACCUGUCCAUGGUCCAACCUGAUGACUGUCCUGGAGCAACGCAAUGGGGCUGACACAGAGCUGCUGGUCUUUGCCAUGACGCUGAUCAACAAGACACUGGCAGCCCUCCCAGACCAGGAUACAUUUUACGAUGUGACAGACUGCCUGGAGCAGCAGGGCAUGGAACAGUUGGUACAGCAGUUCCUAGGCAGCAAGGGCACCGACCUUGACUUGAAGCACCAGUUCACACUCUAUGAGAGUGCUCUCAAGCUGGAGGAUGGUGUGGAAGAGCCACCCUCGGGGGGACGCAAGGACCGGAGGAGGACAGACGAAGGCCGGCGUGGGUGGCGAUCCCAGAGCGGCUGUCCAGAGACUGGUCCUGAUGCACAGCUUGGGUCCCCUGGACCCCCAAAGGAGCCCCCCACUGAGGACACCCCAGCUGUCCCCAUGCCAAGCAGCCCAACAAACCUGUGUCCCAGCAGUGUCUUCAGCAGUGCAUCCAGUGUGCGGCUUGCACUGGCUUCAUCACCGGCCGACAAGGAUCAGCCUCCAGCCCCAGGAGAGCGCAGUGUCUACAAAGCUCGCUUCCUGGAGAAUCUGGCUGCAGCCCAGAAGAAGAUCUCUUCCAUGACCAAGGGACGGCUCAAUGUCCUCAGUGAUGCUGAGCUGGAGCAUCCCACCACUCUUGCUUGGGACAGGGACAGCAGUGCCCCUGAGUCUGGCAUGGAGACACUCAACACAAGGUCUUGCCUGGCUCAGCAGGACACCACUGACUCCUGCAGCACCAUCUCCUCCAACACCAGGUUCAUGCUGGACAUGCUCUACGCUAAAGACUCCUCAGAGGCAGGGAGGGAGAAGAUCUUCCCUGAGGUCCCCUCACCUGCCCUGGUCCAGGAUGAGGUGGUGAUGGAUGCCGUUGGAGGUGGCAGCCAGGAGCAGGAGGGUGCCUGGCCCCAUGGCAGGGCUCCAGAUGGGCCGGUGGCCAGUGCUCAUGCCAAGCUGGCGCGUGCCCUGUCCAGCUUAGAUGCCGAGACCCACACACAGAAACUGGACAGCACUGGGAUGAUGCCCAUCAAGAAGGAUGUGGAGCUGACAUGGGAGCGCCUGGAGGCCAGCCCUGCACAGCUGAAGAUCAAGGACCUGGACUUUACUGAUCUAGGGGAAGAAGAAGACUUUGACAUCCUGGACACAGGGCCAAUAACCAACGGCUCCUUGCUCCCUCCUGCCAUUGAAGCAACAAAAGCUGGAGCAGUAAUGGCUCCUCCUCCACCUCCUGCUGUCCCUGGCUGCCCACCACCUCCACCUCUACCUCCUGCAUUCCCUGGCUGCCCACCCCUGCCAGGGCUACCAGGCCCUUCCGUAAUGGAUGGUCCCUCUGAAGCCAAGAAGAAGAGGACAGUGAAGCUUUUCUGGAAGGAGUUGAAGCAGCUGGAUGGUACUGUGGGGACAGGCAGGUUUGGCCAGGCGACGCUGUGGGCAUCCCUGCAGAGCGUUGAAGUCAAUACUGCCAAACUGGAACAUCUCUUUGAGUCACGGUCAAAGGAAGUACCAACUUCAAAGAAGGCAAUCGAUGGGAAGAAGGUGGUUGUGGUGCUGGACCCCAAGAGGAGCAAUGCUAUCAACAUUGGCCUCACAGUACUGCCGCCUGUGCACAUCAUCAAGACAGCUGUGCUCAACUUUGAUGAGUUUGCAGUCAAUAAGGAAGGGAUUGAGAAAAUCCUGACCAUGGUCCCAACCGAGGAGGAGAAGCAGAAGAUCCAGGAGGCCCAGUUGGCUAACCCUGAUGUGCCCUUGGGCUCUGCGGAGCAGUUCCUGCUCUCCCUGUCUUCCAUCAGUGACCUCACAGCCAGGCUCCAGCUCUGGGCCUUCAAGCUGGACUAUGAGAGCCUGGAGCAGGAGAUCGCGGAGCCACUCUUUGAUCUAAAGGUGGGCAUGGAGCAGCUGGCCAAAAACCACACCUUCAAGUGCAUCCUGGCCACACUGCUGGCCAUGGGCAACUUCUUGAAUGGCUCCCAGAGUAGAGGCUUUGAGCUGGGCUACCUAGAGAAGGUCUCGGAAGUGAAGGACACAGUGCACCGGCAAUCCCUGCUCCACCAUCUCUGCCAGAUGGUGGUAGAGAAGUUCCCAGAAACCACUGACCUGUACUCGGAGAUUGCCUCCAUCACCCACUCUGCCAAGGUUGACUUUGAUGAGCUCGCCAACAGCCUGGUGCAACUGGAGCGGAGGUGCAGGGCCUCCUGGGACAACCUGAAGGUGAUCGCCAAGCAUGAGACCAAGCCAGUGCUAAAAACCAAACUGACAGACUUCCUCAAGGACAGCACCCAGCGCAUCAUUGUCUUGAAGGUGGUGCACAGGCGUGUCCUCAACAGGUUUCACUCCUUCCUGCUGUACCUGGGGUAUCCGGUGAGUGUGGCACGGGAUGUGAAGGUGACUCCUAUCUGCAAGCUGCUGCGGGAGUUUGCCUUGGAAUACCGCACAUGCCGGGAGCGCAUCCUGCAGCAGCAGAAAAAACAGGCUGCCCACCGUGAGCGCAACAAGACCCGGGGACGGCUCAUCACUGAGACAGAGAAGUUCUCUGGCGUCACUGAGGCUGCUUCCCCAUCUGCCAUGGUGUCCAGCAGCCCCAAGGAGCAGAUGGAAGCAGGUCACAAGAGCAUGAAGAGCCUGCUGGCCUCUCCCACGGACAACCCUGCUCGCCGCAGCCGCUCCAGCCAGGGGACAGGGCAUGCCAGCCCAGCCCAGGGCUCUCCAGCCCGGGAAGAUGUUCCCAGCUCCCCAGAUGAUGCUUCAGAUGAAAUCAUGGACCAGCUGGUGAAGUCGGUCACUCACAACGCCAACCCACGGCCCUGUGCCAACAAGGAGCGCAGGAGGUCCCGCGGCAAUAGGAAGUCCUUGAGACGGACGCUGAAGAGCGGGCUCAGUGAUGACCUUGUGCAGGCACUGGGCCUGGGGCGGGCACCUGGCAUGGAGGUUUGAGGGGACUUGUGCUGCUCCCCACCAGUUGCAGGAGGUGGUGGCAGCUCCUGCUGCUCCAGGAUUGGCAUCCUUGGUCUCACCUUGCUUUUCCUUGCUGGCCUCCAGCUCCUGGAGGUGCAGGCAGCAGGAUAGAAAUGAUGCCCUGGAGCUGCUUCAUGGGGAUAGAGGAUGCUCAGUGCCCACUCAUGGGUGUGAAGGCUCUGGGUUCAUCUUCACAACAGUAUUAAAGGGGUUAAGAGGCUGGACCCAGACCUUCUCUGGGAACUGGGUCUGGCCUAUGGCCCCUGUGGUAAUAAAGUA